AUGGCGUUGAUCUUUCGUCCAGAAAUUUCAGCUGGCACAGGAGUAACAGCACUAGUAACGUUCUACCUCACAGCCUUGUUCCUCUUUCUCAUACGCUUUAAACGCAGAAAAGGAAGUGAAAAGAAACAAACCCUUCCCCUCCCGCCAGGCCCGCACGGCCUGCCGAUUCUCGGCAGCCUCCCUUUCCUCAACCCAAACCUGCACCAGUACUUCGCUGACCUCGCCCGAUCCUACGGCCCAAUCCUCAGCCUCCGCCUCGGCUCCAAACUCUGCGUCGUCGUCUCCUCCCCAUCCGCCGCCCGCCAGAUCUUCAAAGAUCAAGACGCCGCCUUUGCAAACCACGCUACCCCGGCAGCAACCCUCGUCUACUUCCGCGGCUCAAACCUCGACUUAUUGUGGUCCCCCUACGGCCCUCACUGGCGCAUGCUGCGGAAAAUAGCCGUGCACGAGAUUCUCAGCACUACCGGCAUCGAAGCCGUGGCGCCACUUCGCUGCCGGGAAAUGCGGCGCACAGUGGAAGUUGUGAGCGCCAGAGCGAAGAUGGGUGCGGCGGUGGAUGUGCGUGAGACUACUUUUCUCACCGUGCUCAACAUGAUGACGAGCAUGCUUUGGGGGGAGCAGGUGGGUGGCAGUAGCGAGGGGGCGGAGUUCCGGCGGGCGAUUGAGGGAGCUGUAGACAUCCUGAUGGCACCCAACGUCGCGGAUUUCUUUCCGGUGCUGGCGCCGCUCGACCCGCAGGGGUUAGGGCGCCGGACUAAGAAGCUCAUGCUGUGGAUUAAUAAGUUCCUGGGGGAAAUCGUCGAGAAGAAGAAGCGGAUUAUGGUGAGCGGUGAGAGGAGGAGAGACGUGCUGGAAGCGUUGCUGAACCUCGUCGAGAGUGGGAAUUCACAGCCGCCGUUCAGCUUGGAUGACCUCUGUAAAUUGCUAGUGGAUCUUAUUGGGGGCUCCGCAGACACCAUUUCCACAGCUGUAGAAUGGUCAAUGGCGGAAUUGCUAAGUAACCCGAAGAAGAUGCGAACAGCCCAGCAAGAGCUUGAUGCCGUCGUCGGAAAACACCGAAUCGUUGAAGAGUCCGACAUCCCUCAACUCCAUUAUUUAUCCGCUGUCGUCAAAGAAUCACUUCGUCUCCACCCACCACUUCCUCUGCUCAUCCCGCACUGCCCCAGCACUCACUGCGUUGUCGGUGGCUUCUCCGUUCCCGCCGGCACCUCCGUCUUUGUCAACGUCUGGGCCAUUCAUAGAGAUCCUCAUUUGUGGGGGGAGGACGCAGAGGAGUUCAAGCCGGAGCGGUUCUUGGAAACCAGCAGGCAAAAAAGAGAUUUUUAUCUUGGCCGUCGGAAGGAUGAGUUUUGCUACUUGCCGUUUGGGGCAGGGAGAAGAGCGUGCGUCGGGACGGCUAUUGGGGAGAAGAUGGUUAUUUACAUGGUAGCAUCUCUGCUGCAUUCGUUCGAAUGGCGAUUGCCGAAGGGUGCAUCGCUAGAGCUUGGGGAGAAGUUUGGGGCUGUUUUAAGAAAAGUUGAGCAGCUCUUUGCCGUGCCGACGAUGAGGUUGGAUACGCCGGAGCUUUAUCUCUAGUUGGGGAUCAUUCACAGCAGUAGAUUGUAGAAGGCUUUACCACUAGAAAAUUCAACUUUAAAAUUUUGUAUGUUUUGAUUCGAUGUUAG